GGGGCAGGGGGCCGCCCAGCUGUGCGGUGCAGCGCUAGUAGAAGAACUGGAAUAGUAAACGCUGUGUCUGUUCUGUCCGGCGGUAGUUCCGGGUUCUGUCUUCAUUUCUGCUGUGUUGUCCUCGUCUUAUGUUGUAGGCAAAAAAAGUCACUUUCGCCCACUUUAGGCAAUCAUGGCUCUUCUAAUGGAGCACCAGUUCCGGCAACUUCCAGCUGACAAACAAGUGGAAACCCGGCCGUUUCUCGAGGCGGUGUCUUACCUUCCUCCUUUCUUCGAUUGUCUCGGCUCUGCUGUUUUUUCCCCCAUCAAGGCUGAUAUUGCGGGUAACAUCACUAAAAUCAAGGCUGUGUAUGACAGCAACCCCUCCAGGUAUAAAACCCUGCAGCACAUUUUGGAAGCAGAGAAAGAGAUGCAUGGAUCUGAGUGGCCAAAAGUAGGAGCAACACUUGCCCUCAUGUGGCUGAAAAGGGGGCUACGCUUUAUCCAGGUUAUGCUCCAGAGUCUAGUGGAUGGGGAUAAGGAUGAAAACAACCCUAACCUCAUCAGAGUCAAUAUCACCAAAGCUUAUGAGAUGGCAUUGAAAAAGUAUCAUGGCUGGUUUGUCCAGAAACUCUUUAAAGCAGCACUAUAUGCCGCUCCAUACAGAUCAGAUUUUCUCAAAGCUCUUUCUAAAGGGCGAGAGGUCAAGGACGAAGAAUGCUUAGACAAAGUGCGGCAGUUCCUAGUAAACUUCACAGCUACUAUUGAUGCCAUCUAUGAAAUGUACACCAAGAUGAAUGCAGAGCUGGACUACACUGUGUGAUCUCUCAUUGACAAACGAGCAAACUUCAGAUCUCAUCUUCCUCCCUCCCAGUGGACGACUGUUGCCUCCCAUUAGACGUCUCCUCAGUCUCCUCAUUGGGCGUUCCUCUCUCCUACUGGAUCCUCUGCAGUAUACGGAUUUGUUUUCUCUUGAGGGACAAUUAGGGUCCGUGCUGCGGAAGACUCUGACGGUUUUGGAAGGGAGGAUGUCUGUUAUUGUUGGUUCUGCUCAUGUUGAAGGUUUAAAUGCUUUGGCUUUUCUUUAGAAAAGUAGUAUUCUAAAAAAAAAACAAAAAACAGAUGUGUUUUAUAACUUUAACUAAUAAUAAUUUCUGUUUGAUUCUUAAUACACUUCAAGUAUGGAAUGCUUCUUUACGUGUUCCUUUAAGCAAACAACAAUGGAUGGCAGAUGAGGGUUUUAAUUAUGCUUAUUUAAUUAUACCAAAACAAGAGUCUGCAGACUCUCUAACCAAAUAUCUGACAUUGACUACUGUUUUUUUUUAUUUUUUUUAUUUUUAUUUUUUUUAACCUUGAAUACUGUUUUAUGAGAAAAAAUACUUGAAUAUGACAUAAAAUAUAAAGAAACGACUUCUUCAGAAGUGACUAUGAAGCCACUCUAUUGAGUGGUUAAAUAUAUUCAGUAAAUAGUAAAAAGUCUAUAUUAAUUUCUUAGAUUCUUAAAUUAUAUGAAAUUCUGUUAUGAUAUGGAUGACUGCGAAUCUUUGACUUAAUUGGUGUUUUAUUUAUAUAAUUUAAUGGAUAGGUGUAUUGUUGGUUUGUAGUUUUCAACUUGUCAUUCCCAAAUUAUCAAAUCUUAAAUGCGUUCAGGCUGCUUUUUAGAUGUAAAUGUUCAUUUAUUUAAAUGAUUUGAUCUUUAUUCCAGUUGCCUUGUGAUUCAUUUUCUGACAUUACAGACUUUUUUCCCCACUUUGGUCAGUAAGCAAACACUCAUCAACAUUUCAGUUUUGUCCACAGCAGCCACACAGUACAUACUAGAGAUGUUAUUUUAACCAAUGGACUUUUCCUGUUCUUCUUGUUGUCAAUUUACUUAACGUCAAAAAAAAGCUCAUUUAUUUGGAAAAAUUAUUUUUGAAUAAAUAUCUCUCUGGCAUAGAUGACAGACAAAACUGAAGCAGUACAUCACGAUGUCCUCAUGUGAUUGAUGCAUUCUGGUGCUGUUUUGCUCUUCCACUGUAAUUUAUUAUCUUAAAGUGUCUUACAUUGAUCAUAGUUGUGUUGUCUCUUUAAAAUCUCAUUAAAACCAUGACCUUGCAUAA